AUGUCUCGUCCUCGCGAUCCAGCGAAAUACGUCUUUAAGGCAAAGCAUCGAUGGACUGGUAAUAUAAAGAGAAGAAUAGCCAUUUUGGAGUGGAUUCCUCGCGAAGCAAAACGUCCUCGAGGGAAGCCAACGACCAGAAGGGCUGAUGUGUUCCUUACACGGAUGGACCAGCUGAAUUCUCAGUUGGUAACGAAUAAUGGAUCUGGACCUCGCUACGUCGCCGUUCAAUCUCAACAUCACGGAGCGAGAGACAGAAACGGAUGGAAGCAGUACUGUGGCCUGCAGGACAACUGA